GUGUCUGUAUAGGAGACCUCUUGUACGCGAUCGGUGCCUUGGCCGGGUGUUGCAACAACUGUUGUGAUUUUAGAACCAUCGCGACCUGUCGUCUCCCAGGCGCCCUCCAGCUUCUCCUUGCUCCUAUCGACCUCCUUUGGAAUGGACAGUGCAACACUGUGCUCGGGCCACAGGUCGUUCAGCUUGCCGAUCAGUUGUUUCAUGCUUGGGUCCUUGUACUGCUUUCCUGCUCCUCCUCCGCCGCCGCCGCCGGCACUGGCGAUGCUGGUCCCACUGCCGCUCCGGUUCGGUGGUUUGCUCUUCUUCAGAGCGGCGGCCACCACCAAGGACGACGAGCAGGCGGACUGGGCCGCCUUGGCCGCUGCCGAGAGCGGUUUGUGUUUGCCAUUGGCCUUCGACUUGCGACCCGCAUGGGAGGACUCGGAGGUGGAGGUGCUGCUGCUGCUGGUCUCACUGUCCGACUCUGAUUCGCUGCCAGCACUGGAGGAGCUGCCCGAACCGGAUUCCGGCUCGGAUUCGGUGGGGCUUUCGUUGCAGGUGCUCUCCUCCUCCUCCUCCUCGCUGGAGGAUCGACGUUUGUUCUUUUUUUUGGUCGCCAACGGGAUGGGUGGCGCAGCACCACCACCGCCACCGCCAAAGGAGCCCCGUUUAUUCUUGAUGACCUUGGCGGGCGGUUUGGUGGCGUCAAUGGAGUUCUGCCUGCCGGAGGUGGUGGUGCCAGAGCCAGCUCCAUCCGAUUCGCUGGCUUCGUUCACGGACCCACUGCUGGGUGGCAGCUUCUUCUUGCGCACCACUCGCACCACCUUGCGGACACCACGCGGCACCGCCACGGGCACCACCUGUGACUUAUCCACCUUGAGCCUGGAGUACUGGGCACCGCUGGUUUACUGAACCACUGAACUACGGACCACUGAACCACUAAAGCACUAAACCACCGUGUCAGUGGUGGUGGUAGUGUGGGUAUAGCGCUCUAGUGAUGCCUUACACGCAAAAAAAAAAUAUUCACGUAUGUAUAUAUAUAAAAUCAGAGCUUGCGCGAAUCUGGCAACUAAAUUAUUAUUUCAGGCCUAUUUUCGAAACUCAUUUUGGGACAAAGUACUAAUUUGAACAAGUUAUAGCCAAGUUUUAAACUUAUUUUAAACCACAAAGUUCUAGAAGCUGGCCGAUUGAUUAAAGUGUAGGUAACAUUUCUUGGAGAAUAUACGAAGUGUAUAUACGCAAACAAUUGCUUGAAAUCCUACUUAUUACGCAAGUUCACUCCUGAGAGCAUUUUCUUAUGCAGAUACAAAAUGUAUCUUAACCAAGUGAUUGUGAUUUUGAAAUGGAUAAUCAUUUAACGUUUCCAAUGGUCCAGUUUCGAAUGGACAAAAAUAGGCUUUUGAAUGUGCUGCACUCCAUACAAACUGACAAAUGCAAUUUUUCUCUGUGUACGGCGGUGUGGGGCAGGCUUUGGCCUAGUUUUAUUUUCGGUCACUUGACGUUUCGUUCGCUUUGUGUGCAGAUCAAUCGAUCGAUCGAUCGAUCUUCAAAUAGCAAAAAUGCAAACACGCGGCACCACCGAACGAACAACGACAACAAAGUCGCAUAUCACAGUAAAAAAUAAGAUUGCGAACCGAAAUAGUACGAUCUUCGAAUUUUCGGAUGUUUUUUUUCUUGGUUUUUUUUUGAGGAAAAGGAAAAGGAGAAGUAGAAAGAGGAGUGCUUUUCCGAUCCGAUCCGUUCCGCUUUCGACGAUCCAACGAUCCGAUCGCUUGAGCAACCGCUGCACAAUUGGCGACAAGAAAUGGAAGCAGGCAGAGGACAACACGAUGAUCGUGACAGCUGAGAGACCCAGAGAUGCAGAGUAGCCGAGAAACAGAAGAGAUUGCAAGUCGCGAAUGGCACACGAAGGGCGAUUAUCGGUCGGUUUGGUUCCACAUGCGAUCCACACGAAUGCGGUCCACUGUCCACCAAUUCUUCGAUCGUUUAAAACGCGCUUGAAAUCAUUAAAGCCUACUAAUCAUCAUCCCCAUAAUUAUCGCGUACCAUUUGCUGCGGUUUGGGCACAAUUUUAAUUGAGGCAAAAUUGCGAUAAGGCCAAAGAAGUGAAGAAAGUGCACUGCAGACCCCCAGAAGACCCAGCAGACUGAAGACUAAAGACAGAGGACAGAACGACAGAAGACAGUCGGACAGAAGAAAGACAGUGGCAACCAAGCGUGGUCAAGCAUGCGACAGCCACGCCCCCUUAUGGCCCCCGCCCCCCUUUCGGACGACAGACAACUGACAGUUCAAUGCGACGGAGAAGAAUGAGGAGGAGCGGUGAACGAAGAACGAAGAUUCGCCAGAAGAAUUCGAAUAGAAUAGACGACGGAGAAGACCAAUCAAAGGAUACACGCAGCACAUGCAAAUGCAAGUGCAAGUGCAAAUCAAAUUUAUUUCAUUUUAAUGAAUCAAUUAGAAGCACAAAUGCGACGAAAAUUAAAGCCCCAAUAGCAUUGACAUUGUUUCUCAUUGCAUCUGCAUCUGCCACAGAGGAGAGAUAAGAUCAAAUGCGAAAUGUUCAAAUGUUUAGAUGUUAGCAAGUGCUCAAAGUUAGAAAGCUUUAGUAAUGCCGCACUAGUCUAGACUUGCAAUUUGGCAAUUGAUAAUGAAUAUUUGAUAAUAUCACACUUUCGAAAGUAUCAAAAGGAUCCACAAAGAAAUCAAUUUAUUUUAUUUUGGAACUUUUCCGACAUUCCCAGUGUGUGUACCAUCAUGUGUACUUAUCGAUUUGAUCGAUUCAUCAAUUGUAAAUCAUUUCUGUUCAGUUCCUCCGCCGCCAUUCUCACAUUAAUCAAUUGAGUUUCCGCAGGACUGCGACCUGCGCGACCAAAUCAAUCAAAUUAUCAAUAGGCAAAACACAAACACACACACCUCCGCCUAGCCAAACAUUGAAAAACUUUAUCGACAUGGUGGAAAUGUGAAGCAAAGGGGUGGGAGCUGCAGCUGGUGGAACACUUGGAGCUGUCCGAGUGGCAAGGCAAUUUGUUGUGCCGCCACCGACCGACGACGGCAACUAAUCGAUAUACAAGCAUUUGGCACCACUCAGCCGCAAAAAAAAGAAAAGGGGGCGUGGGCGGCGAGGUGGCAUGCAAAAUGCCAUGACGCAGUGCCACGUGAAGAGGGGGCAAGCAGAGGGGUAGAGGGUCAGAGGGACAGCAAGUGGGGCGAAGACGAACGCAGACGGAUGGAGCAAUAAAUGGAAAACAGGCAUUUUGCACCCCCAUCAUUGGAUAUCUGUUUGUGGAGUCAUCGCCUCAGUUGAACACGACGAUUUGUUGCCAAAAACGAAUUCAACUUCAGGUUCCGCUGAACCACGCCCCAAAAUUUGAAUUCAAGGAAACCAUUGGAAAAACCCAAAAAGUGAUACUUAAAUGAUGUAGAGCGAUAAUCCUUUGGAUUUCCCCACUCCAUUUAGGGCAUAAUAAAACCAACGCAGACUGGAACGUCUGAAGGGUAUACGUAUAUAGCCCAGUGAGCAGCUUAUUUUUUUAUAGUUUAGAGUAGUUUUGUUUUUAUAUAUGGGACUCGCAAUCUUCACCUUGCCUUUGCCGUUGCUGACAAUUAAAAAAUAUACUCUACUCUAUCGAUGCCAUUUUUUUUGGGGCGCUAAUGCAUAUGCAGCAGUGUAUACUACUAAAGACUAGUUUGCAUAUAGACUUCAUUUAAUUAAAUUGAAUUGAUUUUAUUUUAUUGGCUGCGAAAGCAAUCUAUCGAUCACGGUUUUUGGGCAAACGAAAGGGCAGAUCGAUAGAAGAUCGAUAAGCGUGGCGGAGCAAGAGGGAUGGCCAGAUGACGACACCACGCGGGCGGAGAUCACGAGAUGCCCCACAAUCUGCGGCAUUUGGCAACCUUAUAGAAAUGAAUCCA